AUGUCCAAACUUGAAGAUAACUAAAUGAAUCGAAAAGGUUCAGAGGUUCCCAACACCGUCAGGUUGUGGGUAAAUGAAUGUAAAGAAGAAGUUCCUGGCAACAAAAUCAAUGUUCUUGAGAAGGAUAACCAACAACAAAAAGAGAAUUGGUCGAAGGCCAGUAGUUUUGCUAGUAAAUACCUACAACAAAGAACCAAGAUCACAAUGACAGAAAAGGACCCUGAGCCACAUGUGGUGGAGGAGGAGGAUGACCUGGAUGGCAAGCUUAAUUACAAGCCCCCACCUCAGAAGUCUCUGAAGGAGCUGCAGGAGAUGGACAAAGAUGAUGAAAGUCUUGCCAAGUACAAGAAAACUCUACUAGGGGAUGGACCUGUGGUAGCAGAUCCAACUGCUCCCAAUGUAGUAGUCACUCGACUCACCCUAGUCUGUGACACUGCCCCAGGACCAAUCACUAUGGAUCUUACUGGAGAUCUUGAAGCUCUCAAGAAAAAGACCUUUGUGCUAAAGGAAGGAGCUGAAUAUAGAGUCAAAAUUAAUUUCAAAGUGAACAAGGAUAUUGUGUCAGGGCUGAAAUAUGUGCAGCAUACUUUCAGGACUGGAGCUAAAGUGGACAAAGCGACAUUUAUGGUUGGCAGCUAUGGGCCUCGGCUAGAUGAGUAUGAGUUCCUGACACCCCCAGAGGAGGCCCCCAAGGGCAUGAUAGCCCGGGGCACUUACCACAACAAGUCCUUUUUCACUGAUGAUGACAAACAUAACCACCUCACCUGGGAGUGGAAUCUGUCCAUUAAAAAGGAGUGGACAGAAUGAACUCCUUGCUCUUUAUUCCCUUCCCACUCACCCUCUUGCCUGUCGUACUGCUAGUGAAUUAUAUAUUCUAAAACUUCACAGUUAUGUUCUUCUUCCUGUGUGCCCCUUACCCAGGGUCUCCAAACUCUCCAACUAUUCUCAUUUCCACAUGGCACCCUGGGAAAUGUAAUUGGUACAAUUGGCAUUUGGUACAAUUUUGAAGGUAGUCCAGGCCUCUUUUCCUUCUAUGCUGCAAACAAUCUACUCAAUUUCACCACAAAAGCAGAAAGUGUUUAAAUCUAAAUUCCCUUUUACUCCCUUCUCCUUUUGAGAUUCUUUGAAAAUCCCUAAUUUGACCAACAUGAACAUUUCAUUCAGGUACCAUUUACCCUUCCCAUGAGCUAGUGAAUUAUAUAUAGAGAAAGAAAGACAAGAGACAGAGAGAAAGAGAAACAGAGAAACCAAGA